AUGGAAUACAGAACUACCAUAGUAUUGGUUUUGACACUAUUACCAGUACUGCAUAGCUUCCAAGUUCCUCCCCUGGCCUUAGAUUGGAUAAGCAUUGACUGCGGAUCAACGAGCACUGCUGUACUAGAUAACACCACUUAUGCUAUAUGGGAAACUGACGAGUUAUACAUACAAACCGGAGAGAACAAUAAUAUCCUUUCCACGGCUACUAAACUUCCUCAAUUGGCAACACUUCGAAGUUUCCCAAAUGGGUCCAAGAAUUGCUAUAAUUUGCCAUUACAAAUCCAAUCCAAGUACCUCAUACGUGCUGGAUUUCAGUACGGAAACUACGAUAACCUCCAAAGCCCUCCAACAUUUGGUCUUCAGCUCCAAUCAAGCCAAAUAGACGUAAAUGUUACGACCUCUCUAGACUCUGAUCCGAUUUACCAUGAAUUUAUUAUUUUCACAGACGACAUGAGUGUCCUCGACGUAUGCUUAAUUGGAACACAAGGAAAUCAGGUUCCUUUCAUCUCUACGCUUGAAGCUGCCAUGAUUGACCAGAAAGAUUACAGGUUGAUGCCCACUAACAAGGCUCUGUACCUCGAAAGCAGGAUAAACUAUGGUGUUGAUUCAAGUGUUCCGUAUCGAUUUCCACCCUAUGUUGAACCAUACAACAGAAUGUGGGAACCACAACAAGACCCAAGAUACGUCAAUCUUUAUACAGGCAGUCUUGGUCCGAUGGUACUUGUGGAUGAGGAGAACAGCCCUCCAGAUGUUGUAAUGCUUUCCGCCAUUGAAGCACAUAAUACCUCUGAGUCCAUCAUCAUACCCAUCGAUUUUCGUGACAAGUCUCAAGUGUCUGCAUACUUCGUAUUGUAUUUCGAUGCGUCGGCGAAGAGUUUAGCAGGGGGAGGCUCCAGGAUAGUAGCUAUCUACAUUGAUGGUCUACUCAUCAACACUACUCAGCUCCCAGUCCCAGACUUUGUAUUAGUUACAAGUGGUGAUAUUGUGUCAAUAUAUCCAUAUAAAGUUACAGGCGGUACGACCAAUUUGACUAUUUCUCCGGCUCAGGGUACUAGUUCGCCGGCUAUUCUCAAUGCUGUUGAAGUGUUCUCUGUCAUUGAUAUGCCCAACAAGCAGGUUACUACUGAUGCUGCUGGUGCUGCUCCAAACUCAUCGCCUGGAACUUUUCCUUUGCAGCUUCUUGUGUUUUCAUAUUGGUUGUUUUAUUUUGCAGUGUAUGGAUUUAGAUUUUAAUCUAAUUAAUUUACGAGAGGUUUAGUUAAUUUAAUUCUUAUAUAAUGAAUUUUAUUGAAUUAGAA